UUAGGCACUACUCAACAGUACCAAUUUGGUUGACCCAAUCGACCCUUGAUCAUUUGAAAAUUUCAAAAAAGGUACCUAAGUGACUCAUUUGAUGGAUACAUCUCAAUAAUUAACAACAUUUAGGGAAAAAAACAUGGGAUAGGCAUGGUGAAAAUGUACAAGUUGUAUCUAAAUUAAAGUCUAGAAAGCCAUAAUUAACAUGAUAAGUUUUUUAAAAUAUUAUUGUUGUUUUCAAAAAUCUUCCAUUUGCAAUCUCAAACAACGAUAUGCUUUAAGGUUGAAGACAAAAUUAUGAAUAUUUUACUUUGAAUUGAAACAGGAAAAGUGUCCUUUGAAAAUUACUAAGCACUGAAAAAGGGGUUUUCAGUAUUUGUAUUUGUAUGACUUUUGGGAGGAAUUAGAUGCCACAUAUCAUAGAGCGUCCAUCGCUUUGUUCACUCUUAAUCAUUCACUCCUCUGCUUUGACAUUUUCCCUUCUUCACCAAAUCUGUGUCCGGUUAUCCUCAACAAAUGGAAGAAUACUUGCAGCUUUUCAAGAAUGAAACCGAUUUCUAUAACCAAAUUCUGCUGGGAAGUCUGUUGCCUGAAAACAUAUGGAGAUCUCUACCUCAUGUUUGCAGGACAUGGUUGAGAAACUAUGUUGCAGGAGUCUUAAUUUACUCCAUUACUGGAUUUUUGUGGUGUUUCUACAUUUACCACCUCAAACGGGAUGUUUAUAUUCGUGGAGCAGGUGCCAUACCCUCAAUGAAGACCAUUGUUUUGCACAUUAAAGUUACCAUGAGGAGCCUGCCCUGGUUCGCUGCUCUCCCAACAUUUUCAGAGUAUGCAGUUGAAAGAGGGUGGACAAAGUGUUUUUCAAGAAUAAGUGAAGUUGGCUGGUUUGCCUACUUGGUGUACAUCAUGGCGUAUAUUGCUGUUGUGGAGUUCCUAACAUAUUGGGCUCACAGAAAGUUGCAUGACAUCAAACCCCUGUACAAGUAUCUUCAUGCGCAGCAUCACAGUUACAACAAGCAGCACAAAAUUUCUCCUUUUGCCGGCUUGGCUCUUCAUCCUUUGGACGGUAUAGCUCAGGGAGGGCCCCAUGAGAUAGCAAUCUUCCUGGUGCCAACCCAUUUCACAACUCACCUCACUGUUGUAUUCUUGGGGGCCAUAUGGUCUGCAAAUAUUCAUGACUGCAUUGAUGAGAAGAUGUGGCCGCUAAUGGGAGGGGGUUAUCAUGUAAUACAUCAUUUGUCAAACCGCCAUAACUAUGGUCUUUACACAAUAUGGAUGGAUUGGAUGUUUGGAACUCUCUCUCAUCCUGUUUCCAACCCAACCAAGCCAAACUGAGGAACUUGCCCGUCCUUCUGUUUUUCAAACUUCUAUUGCCCAUCUUCCCCUCCUGAUUGUGAAAUUUUUAUUGUAUCUCCGUUGAAAUGUUUUCUUGAUACACAUUGGCUUCUCUAGAAGAAUUGUAUGGUUGUUCAAAAUUUUCAGCUUGAUGCAACACAAACUUGUUCAAACUGGAAUUUCAACCAAUAUUAAUCCUGAAUUUCAACAUUAAUACUUCUCAGAUGGGCAA